GCAGUCAUAUCAUGAUUGAGAGUGACAGAGAGCUGUCGGCCAUGGUGCAGGAGCUAUGGGACAAUGAUAUCAACAGACUCAAGCCUGGAAAAGAUUACAGGAUCUCUCUGCAGGGCAAAGCUGGAGACAGCAUGGCCAUCAACGACAACAAUGAUGGGGCUGGAUAUCCUCUUUUUACAUUUGUCGACGAGAACAUUUUCAAAAAGGAGACGUUUUUAGCCUUUAUCUCCCUGUUGGAUAACUACGAGAGUGACGCUGGUGAGCCAGAAAUUGUAACCCCUGAGGAGGUGGCAGAGAACCACAAGUUCCUGGACUCCAUCAUUCAGACUCCGACUAUGAAGAUAGCCCAUAAAUACCUGGUAGAGAAGCACCUCUCUCCAGAGGAUGAGACCCAGUUCAAGGAGCAGCUGUACAGGAUCUGGUUUGAGCUUUAUGCGAGGAGAGGGUCCAGCAGGCCAGACUCCUCAGGGUUUGAACAUGUGUUUGUUGGGGAAACGAGAGGAGGGCGGACUGUAAUCGGCUUUCACAACUGGAUCCAGCUCUACCUACAAGAGAAGCUGGGACACAUUGAUUACAAAGGCUACAGCGUCAAUGCAAAUUCACCCCAGCCAGACGAGAACAAACACAUCCUGGCACUACAGUUCAGCUGGAAGAACGGUAUAAAACCCAAGGGCAGCAUCUUCAUCGGUGUCAGUCCCGAGUUCGAGUUUGCCCUCUACACUCUCUGUUUCCUCACCUCGCCCAAUGAGCGUGUCAAAGUCCAGUUCAGUUUCUACGAUGUGGAGAUUGUUUGCCACCACUACAACCAAAAGCACAUAGGCACCACUUACCCUGUGCUCCUCAGGUACCAGAACCCUGAGUAACCUGACUAGGUGUCAAAUUGAGAUAUAAAACCUCUUCAACACUUAAGCUUGCAUCCAAAGUGUCAUAGGUAUUGUUGUUGCCUUUUUAUUUUAGAUAAAGAUACAA